GUGAUGCCCCUGCCAGAAACCACUGUGGCUGGCAUGUUGUCAGCUAUGGCUGGAGGCAAAGGUUUGGCAAUUUUGGACUGGAAUUGACAAGAAGAUGUUCCAGCUUCUAAUUCCCCUGCUUUUGGCACUCAAGGGACAUGCCCAGGACAAUCCAGAAAAUGUACAAUGUGGCCACAGGCCUGCUUUUCCAAACUCGUCAUGGUUACCAUUUCAUGAACGGCUUCAAGUCCAGAAUGGUGAGUGCCCGUGGCAAGUGAGUAUCCAGAUGUCACGGAAACACCUCUGUGGAGGCUCAAUCAUACAUUGGUGGUGGGUUCUGACAGCCGCACGUUGCUUCCCAAGAACCCCAUUAGACAUGGCCGUGGUAAAUGUCACUGUGGUCAUGGGAACGAGAACAUUCAGCAACAUCCACUCGGAGAGAAAGCAAGUGCAGAAGGUCAUUAUUCACAAAGAUUACAAACUGCCCCAGCUCGACAGUGACCUCUCUCUGCUUCUACUUGCCACACCAGUGCAAUUCAGCAAUUUCAAAAUGCCUGUCUGCCUGCAGGAGGAGGAGAGGACCUGGGACUGGUGUUGGAUGGCAGAGUGGGUAACGACCAAUGGGUAUGGUACGUGCCCUCUUUUCAGAACUCAUAGAAAGCCCCAAUGUAGGGUACCCUAG